UUAUAUAUUUUGUUCAGGCGAAGGCAAAGAAUCGUCAGAAUUUGCAAAGCAAUUUUUGGAGCGACGUAGCAAAUAUAAGAGCUUGCAGCGUGCUCAAAACGCACAUAAUGAUGAUAUGUGUAAGCCUGCUCCGGCUAUAACGCCAUCGUGUAAUGAUAAUGGAGACAACAAGAACAAACAAAGAAAAGUUAAGAAAAAUAAGAUGACUAAAAUGGAUGCUCGUAUUCUGGGCUUCUCGGUAACAGCUGCUGAAGGUCGCAUUAAUGUUGGAGGUCGCGAUUAUGUUGACGGGCCGUAACCUUGAGAAAAACUGUUUAUAUCAAAAAGAACAGUUAUUAGAUAUAGAAUUGAAAUUGAAAACAGGUCACAAUUGGAUGUG